AUGGACGUAGAUAGUAAGUUACAGCUGCAGAAGGAAGAAAGUAUUGAAGAAAGUAUAAAAGAUGUAGGCGGUAAACUAAUUAAUGAAAUAACUUCAGGUGAAAAACAGCCAACUGAAAUAUUAGAAAUUAUAGUCAAAAAUGAUCUCAUUCUCUGUUUUCCAGAUAAGGAAGCUACCAAACCACUUCCCAAAAUGACGCGUAUUCCUGAUGCCGAUGAAGAAGUGUUAGACUCUGAUAGCGAGAAUAGCCCAGAUACUGAGAGUGGGUACUCAUUGUCAACCACAGCUGGAAGUUCUCGUAAAGACUAUUCGGAAACAGGUAGUAUCGCCUCUAAUGCCUUCGAUGACCGUCCACGGAGGCGUAUUGAUAAUCGAAGGAAUGCAGAAGCUUUGCAAAGCUCUGAUACUUUCAAUGCAAAUGAAAUUGCACUAACGGUUAAUAUCACAAUUGUUCGUCCAUUUAAGGCUGAAAUGGCACAAAGUAUGAAACAAAACCAAUGCGAAAUUAAAAUUUCUAUACAAGAUGCUACAUCUUCAAAGGUCAACAUCUCAAAAAAAAAUCUUUUGGCUGAAUGGCAGUCUCGGCAAAAUGCUUACGAAUUGUAUGUCAACGAUUGGUGCAAGUCGAGGAAAGAAGAGUUUUCUAAAAUCUUCGAUGAGAAGAACUUUGCACUUUUCCUCCCUAAAAAAGAUGAAUGUGAAAAGUGUGUUAGCUACAGGGUUGGACAACUUUGGGAAAAAGAAUUUAAAAGUCACAUACAGAGGAAAGUAGAAGCAAGAGAAGAAAAAGAAAAAAAUGAGAAACAAAAUGGUUUCACAACAGAUUUGCAAGCCGUGUUGAUGGCACCAAACUCAAAAGUCUCCACAUUAUACUAUAAAACAAAACUCCAAGUACACCAUUUCUGUUUCUAUAACUUAGUGAAUUCCGAUACCUAUUGUUUUAUAUGGAACGAAUAUGAAGUCGGUCUUAGUUCUGAGGAAUUUGCCAGUAUUUGGUGCUGCACAGAUGAUGAUGGUCCGAGUAGAAAGAAAAUAAAAUUGUCUCAUGAUCACGAAUUGAAGAAUGGUGAGGAAAUGGCAAAUGGUCAAAAAUUGCCUGAUGAUAAGGAAAUUAUUGAUAAUCAGGAAUUGCCUAUUAAUCAAGAAUGUUCUGAUAAUCAGAAAAUGUCUAAUAAUCAAGAAGUACAAGAUAAGGAAAUGUAA